AUGCUAAGCAAAGCCAAGAAAGGUUCUCACAUUCGCACAAGAGAUAAAAUGGGGUUUGAAAUGAAAAGGCUUAGGGUUGGUGUUUGGAUACCUCAGUGUCCCCCAAAGAACUGGGAGCUAGGUCGUGGUCUGGAGAUGGGAGACGGCCAUCAGGAGCGCUCCACUCAACUGGGUUCGGCUCACUCGAUCGAGCUUGCUCUUGACUCGAUCGAGUUGUGCCUCGAGUUAGCCACUCGUCUUCCUAAAACCUGCUCCUGUGAGACUAGCCAAGAAAAAUCAUAA